AUGAACAACCAGAGACGCAUGAUCUCAAACUUGCUCUCUCUGGCAGGAAAUGCCAAUGUCAAUGUGCAUAUCUUAUCCUCUCCUGCUGCAUUUCCAUGCCAUGAUCACGCGGAUUUUCCUUCUUCAACAACCGAUAAAUGUUGCAGAGCGGAUAGUGUGCUCAAACUUGGGAAUUCAUAUGUGAAGUCGAAGCCAGCUAAUUACUUUCAGAUGGUGAUUAGGUUCAUGAAUGAGAAGGCAAAUUUAUUUGAGGAUGAGUUUGAAGAACAAAAGCAAAAGACAGUUACUCGUCAAUGGAGACCAAUAUCUACUGAAGCCAGUUCUGUUGAUGAAUCCCUGAUAAAAGAUGUGACUGUUGAGUCAGAAAAUGAAGAUCAACUUCAAGAAGUACACUUUUCAUCUGGCUCCUUUUCAAAUACUAAACAAGUGACUGUAACUGAAGUAACUCAGUCAACUGUCAGUUCUAGCUCCCUGGACAAUAAUACCGAAAAUAAAGUUUUAGAAGGAGGGUCUGUGCUUUCUAUGGAGAAGCAUUCACUUUCCAUUGAGGUAGGUGCCUCUCUAAUUCGGUUUAUCAAAGGAAAAGGGAUCUACACAGCAAAAAUUGAAGAGGAGAUGGGAGUUAAGAUUUUCAUUCCAUCAUCAAAGGAGGAGGAAUCUAUUAUCAUUGAAGGAAGUUCAAUUGAUAGUGUAACUAGUGCUUCAGAAAAGAUACAAGCUAUUAUAGAUGAGGCAGUUAACAGCCCAGGUCUCAAUUAUUCCCACUUCAUAUCUCUUCCACUAGCUAUUCACCCAGAAUUGGUUGAUAAGUUAGUGAAUUUUCAGAACUCGAUAUUGGAAAUUAGUGAUGCUUUCCUGGAUGAGACCGUGGAGAGUGAUCCCAAUGAAGGUACUUCUGAUAAUGAAGAUAAGGACCAAGAGUUCAGUAGAGGAUCUGAUGUUGCAGUUGAACUUAAAGUUGAAGAUGACAAAAAUGUUAAAGUGGAUCUAACUAGCGUGCCUCUUGUUAGUUACGCACCUAAAGCAUCAAAGCCAUCUACUUUAUCUGACUUGGGAAUAGACAAAUCUAUAUUUAUCAAACCUACAGCAUUUCACUUAACUGUGCUUAUGUUGAAGCUCUGGAAUAAGGAGCGAAUUGAUGCAGCUACUGAGGUUUUGAAGAGUAUAUCAUCAAAAGUGAUGGAUGCGUUGGAUAAUCGACCACUCUCUAUCAGACUUAAGGGGCUGGAUUGCUUGAGAGGUUCUAUGGCAAAAGCCCGUGUUCUCUAUGCAACUGUAGAAGAAGUUGGAAAUGAGGACCGCCUUUACGUGCCUGUCGAUCCU